AUGGGAGUGUACGUCGACGACCUCAUAAUCACUAGAGGUGACAUGGAAGUUCUUGGGAGAUUCAAGAGGGAGAUGUCAAAAAACUUCAAGAUGAGCGAUCUCGGUGUGCUCAUCUACUACCUCAGCAUCGAAGUGCAACAGAGUAUUGCCGACAUCACCAUCUGUCAAGGUGCGUACGCAAAGAAGCUGCUGGACAUGGCUGAGCUAGUGGACAGUAACCCUACAAGGACACCAAUGGAGGCUCAGUUCCAGUUAAGGAAGGUCGGCACUACGACGACAGUCGACUUCACCAAUUACCGAAGCAUUGUCGGGAGCCUGCGCUAUCUGGUAAACACACGCCCUGACCUUGCAUACUCUGUUGGAUACGUGAGUAGGUUUAUGGGUGUGAGAUACUACACAGGGAGAGGAAAGAAGAAGCUUGAUCUGGUCGACUACAGUGAUAGUGACAUGACCGGUGACGUUGAUGAUCAGAAGAGCACCAGUGGGAUGAUUUACUUCCUCAAAAGACAGCGCGAUCUGCUGACAAUCAAUAAAACAAAAGGGGGCGUAGCAGGAGUUGUGGUCGGUGUUGGUGUAGGCGUGCACAGUGCAGUUGCUAACGGCAAUGAUAGUGGCCAGUGCUGCGCUCCUCCUUCUCCCAGCUAA